GCAGGGCUGGAGACAGAGGAGUGCGGGACGGGCUGGCUUCAGGCGGGGAGGUGCAGCAGGGGUUGACUGGAGACAGGGCAGAGGGUGCGGGCUGGGCAGGGUGUGCAGGGCUGGUGCGGGCAGCGGUGUGUGGCAGGGGUUGGCUGGAGACAGGACAGGGGGUUUGGCAGGGGCUGGCUGUGGGCACGGGGUGCAGAGCUGGCUGCAGGCAGGGGGGGGCCGGACUGGUGUGGGCAGGUCAGGGGGUGCAACAGAGGCAGCUGGAACCCCAGCCCUUUAGGUAGCCCCCAAACCUCCUUCUACCCCACCCCGGACCUUUUAAAUAGCCGCAGGAGCGCUGGGGAAUGCAUGGGGGAGGUGGGGUUCUGGCGGCUAUUUAAAGGACUGGGGUGGCAGAGGCCGCUGGAGCCCCGGCCCUUUAAAUAGACCCCGGAGCCUCUCACUACCCCAGGGUUCUGGGGGCUAUUUAAAGGGCCCAGAGCUCCAGCCAGGGCCGUGGGGCUUGCCACGCUCUGGCCGGAGCUCCAGAUGGGAGAGCGGGGCUUGCCGCGCUUCAGCCGGAGCUGCCAGGCUUGUCGCACUCCGGCUGGAGCACGGCAAGCCCUGUGGCCCUGCUCUCCCGGCUGGAGCUCCAGCCGGAGCGCGGCAAGCCCCGCCACCCCGGCUGGAGCUCUAGUUGGGAGAGCGGGGCUGCGCUGCGCUCCCGCCGGCGCUUCGCUCAAGGGAGCGGGACCAUGGAAGACCCCAGAGCAGACUGCAACCGGGGACCGGGAUGGGCAGCAUUUUGACAUCUCAGGUGGAGCUGAAAAAGCUGGAGAACGAGGAGGCAGAGAAGAAGAGACAGCACGAGAAGGAAGAGAAACAAAGACAGCGCGAGGAGGAAGAGAAGAAGAGACAGCAUCAGGUGGAAGAGAAGCAGCGAGAGCGCGAGGAGGAGGAGAAGAAGAGAGAGCAUGAGGACCGGGAAAGAGAACGACAGCACAAAGAACGCAUGCACCAGAGAGAGCUUGAAGACAAGGCCAAAGAGAGAGAGGCCCGGCGCCAGAUGCAAGAGAGAGAGUAUGAGGAGCAAGAAAAGAAGAGGAAGCACAAGGAGAUCAUCAUGCAGCUGCAGAACAGAAACCUGGAACUGCGCAUUCUCCGCCUAACUGGUCUCUCAUCCAGUAAGAAUUCCCCACAGUACAGUCUUCUCCAAGAUGCUCUCUCAGCCAUCAUAUGCCCCACUAUGCCUGAUGCUGUUGAGAAUGGUGAUGACAGCAGUGACGUUAAUGAUGAUGUUGAUGACAUGGGUUCUCUAUACUGAACUAUACACUGUUCUAACCCUUCUGAAUGGAGGGAUUCCCAGCUGUGAUGCCCAGUGUAUUGUCACCUAACCGGCCCAGCACCAAGGACGUAGUCCAUUUCUCCUCUCACCUUCCCUUCCCUUUUGCACUAAUGGAAUGCUUUUCCCACCCAGGGGUUUAUUUCUGACUUUUCUGAGUCCUAGUUAUUGGCAGUGCUAAAGACAUAAACAACAGGAUGUUGCGAGUGCUUCUGAUGGGCCCAAUCCUGCUCCCUGGAUGUCAAUGGCACAACUCUGAUGUUGAGAGGAGGAACAGGCCUGUUGUGCUUAUUCUGGCCAGACAUUAGCCCCUCCACCCUCAAGACUCAUAGUGUUUAAGGCCAGAAGGCCACGCUGGGUAAUCGAGUCUGGCCUCCGUCAUAAGCCAGGCAGGAAUCUCACCUAGUGAUUCCUGCAUUGAGAUGAUAGUGUCAGGUUGAGCUUGAGUAGAUCUUUUAGAAACACACCUAGUCAUCCUUUAGAGCCUGCCAGGACGUCCCUGGUAAGAGGUUCUAAUGGCUAACUGCCCUCGUGUUUAAACGUUCGCCCCUUAUUGCCAGUCUGAAUUUGUCCAGCUUCAGAUUCCAGACAUUGGCUCUUGUUCUGCCUUUGUUAGAUCAAUGAGCCUUCUCUGAGCAGAAAUCUUCUUCUCUAGGUACCUGUAAGGCCGUGAUCAAGUCAUCUCUUUGACUUCAGAUGCUGAGUCUACUUCGUUUCCCAAGAGGAAAUAAAGGCAGCGUUUGCAACUAUUGACUCAUUCUUUCAAGUCUUUGCUGACCCCUUCCCAAUUUUUCUAACCGCCAUUUUGAGGUUUGGACACCAGACUUGGUCUCUCCAAUGCUGCAUGCAGAGGUCAUACUAACUCCCCACUCCUGGGAGCCAUCCAUCAUGAGCCCAGUUCUGCAAUCUCCUACCCUACAACUUCGCCAAAACUUUAACUAACCCAGCUGAGUGUCCACAUGCAUAAGUGCCCUGCAUCAAGGGAAUCAGAGCCUUCCCAAAAUUGGGGGGCUGGGAGCCCUCACCCCGCUCCUCCUCUUCCCCUGGAGGCCCAGCUCCUAGCCAAGCUGGAAGCCAGAGGAGGGCCGGGGAGUCCAUCCAGCACCACCCCGCCCCCCCAACCCCUGAGUGGGCCGAAAGCAGCCCCUAUCUGUGUCCCUGCUCCCCAGGGCAGGUGGAGGGACCCAGGCUCCACACAGCUGCCUGGCUAUCCCUGAUGCUGGCCUGGCUGGAGUGUGGGGGCCUAAGGGUGGGGGCAGGGGCCACCCAUCCACUUUCAGAAAGUGGGAGAACUAUGGACCCCCUAGCCCCCCCAAAGUUCCAGCACCACUUUCCUGCAUCACAGUAAUAGGGCUAGCUGUGCCUCUGUCCCCUUCUGGCUUCACUGAGUGCACCCCUCUGGUGCCAGGCCUCUGUCACUAUCUAUGCAGGGACAGAAUCAAUUGAGUCUUCCAUUCUUAGACCAGUCCCUGAGCUACAGCACCUGGCAAAUCACCUGUGCUUAUGCAGCAGGUCUGCCUGAGUCCAGUCCCUGUAGUUCUUCCCUUCAGGCAUUGCUGAGCAGCGGCGCAGGGAGCAGCCAGCCUGGUGAACCAAAGGCGGGUUUAUUUGGACGGCAGGAACAAAGCAGGCUGAGAACAAGGCUCGUAAAACAGCUGUUUAAGUCCAGGGCUCACCACCCUCAGGGUAGCUACGGCAGGCCCAGCUUCUUCAGACAUGCU